CUCUCGUUCGUAUCCCUAUAUAUAUACACGGCGACCAAAUUCCAUCAUACAAUCAAAUUAAGCAGAACACACAGCCGCGUCCUAGUAGCUAAUUACGCAGCUAAUUUCGCAGAGCCUAAGGGAGACGAUAAUGGAGGGAAGCAAGGGUGUAGUGCUGCUCAACUGCUUCGUGAGCCCGUUCGGCAACCGCGUGCGCAUCGCACUCACGAAGAAGGGCGUGGAGCACGAAGUGACGUCCGAGAACAUGGUCAACAAGAGCGCCCUGCUGCUGGCCUCCAACCCCGUCCACGCCAAGGUCCCGGUGCUCCUCGUCGCCGGCAAGCCCGUCUGCGAGUCCCUCGUCAUCCUCGAGUUCAUCGACGAGGCCUUCGCUACCUCCGGCGAGCAGCUCCUCCCCGCCGACGCCUACGCCCGCGCCCAGGCUCGCUUCUGGGCCGCCUACGUCGAUGCCAAGGUGCCGGCCUGCGCCGGGAAGAUAUGGCAGUCGCCGACGGGUGCCCUGGCCGUAGAGGAAGGAAAGAAGGAGAUGGUGGAUGUGUUUAAGACGCUCGAGGCGGAGCUCGGCGAGAAGGCCUACUUCGCCGGGGAGUCGCUCGGCUUCGCCGACGUGGCGCUGGUGACCUUCGCGCCCUGGUUCCUCACGUACGAGCGUCUCGCCGGGUUCAGCAUCGCCGAGGAGUGCCCGGUGCUGACUGCCUGGGCGGCGCGGUGCGCCAAGGAAAACGAGUGCGUCUCCAAGUCGCUGCCCGACCCCGAGGCUGUGUUCCAGUUCGUCGGAGGAAUGAGGAAGCACUUCGGCCUCCAGUAGCUUUGCGUCGUCUA